AUGUUGGACGAGAAAUUAGAUAUGCGCGCCAGUAAUGAUGGCGUCACGAAAGUUAAUAGUGAUAAACGGGCCACUGACAUCACCAGUACCAGUUCAACUGCUACUGUAGCGACAAACAAUAACGAGGAACCCCAGAAUGCGUCUGAACUUGGCGAGUCCCAAAAAUCCACGCCAACCGGGUUCCAAGAUAUCCAAGCUGCUCAAAAUGCACUGGCCGAAAAAUACGGUGUUCGUGACACCCGUCUGCAAUGGAAAAUCGACAUUUGCGUCGUUCCAGCGUUGAUUUUACUGUAUUUCGCUGCAUUUCUGGACCGGAUCAAUAUUUCAAAUGCCAGACUUUACGGUAUGGAGGCCGAUCUGGGAUUGCAUGGGAACCAAUAUAACGUUGCUCUCACGGUUUUUUUUGUGCCGUACGUGUUCUUCGAGCUUCUUGCAAACUAUCUGGCCAAACUGUUCAAGCCGCAUUGGUGCUUUUCCAUCAGCAUAUUCGUGUUUGGAUGCGCCACUAUCGGAUGCGGGUUUGUCAAAAAUUAUGGCGGUCUCGUUACGGCAAGAGUCUUCUUGGGAGCUGCAGAAGCCGCUACAUUCGGCUUGAUCUUCUACAUUCUCUCCUCUUACUACACUCCACGUCAGGCUCAAAAAAGGUUUUCGUUUUUCUUCAGCUCUACCACCUUGGCUGGCGCGGCAGGUGGCUCCAUUGCGUACCAAAUCCACCAGGGUAUCCAUAACUCUCAUAUAGCGCUAUGGAGAUGGAUAUUCAUCACUGAAGGAGCUGCAACUGUUUUCAUCGCCAUACUUCUAUUCUUCAUUACACCGGAUUUCCCAGAGACUGCUAAAUUUUUGAAACCUAACGAAAAGUCUUACUUGAAGGAAAAGCUCAAGCUAUACUCGCAAGUCGAAUCCGGUUUCGAAGUACAAUUCAGCUGGCGCGACUACUUGCCACUUUUCAAAGACCUAAUUUUCUAUGCCAAUGCUUUGUCUUACCUCGGUCUGGUAGUGCCAGGCUACGGUUACGCCUAUUUCUCCGCCACAAUUGUCAAGGUGCUUGGUUAUACCGCAGUCAGUGCUCAGCAGCAUUCCAUUUACCCAUGGCUCGCAGCAUUCGGUUACAUCAAUAUUACCGCCUUUCUCUCUGAUUACUUUCGAAACCGUUGGUGCUUUAUCAUGUCAUCAUGUUUUAUUGCCAUUGCGGGGCUCGCAAUGAUCCUAGGAUCAGAACAACCACAUGUAAGAUAUGGUGGCUGUUUCCUAUCCUGCCUUGGGCUUUACAGUGCAAUGCCAACACUAAUUUGCUCAACGUCUUUGAAUUUAGGUGGCCAUCUAAGAAAAUCUUUUGGUACUGGCUUCCAGAUCGGCUUCGGAAAUAUUGGUGGCAUAAUUGCUACUUUCCUUUUCUUACAGAAAGAUUCUCCCUAUUACUACAGUGGUCUCGGUACCUGUAUUGGCUUUGUGGGCCUUUCCAUUGCUUGUCAGAUUUUCAUCGUAUUACAUUUGAACCGGCUGAACAAUACCAAAAUCACACCAAGCUAUGCAACUCGUUUCGAGGCUCUGCCUCCACGAGAACAGGUGUUGAAGGGUGAUCUUGCCCCAGACUUCAAGUAUAUGUUGUGA